UUCACGAGCGGCGUUGCACGGGAAAAAAUGGAAAAGCUCAAGCAGCCGGCCAGGCGCAUGGGAACUUGUCAGCGACCCGGAGGCGCUUUUUGAGGUCACCGAAUUUUUCUUCUGCGAAAACUCCGGCAAGGAGGAGGCGCAAGUCGGGGGCGUCUGGUUCCAAAAAGAAAGUGAUGGCACAUACUAUGUGCGCUGAAGGAAGCCUUACCCCCGAAGGGAAAAGCAACAAGGAUAAUAACACACGCACAGCCACGAUUUUAUCGACUUUUUGAUCGGGCAAGUUUUCCUAAACCG